AUGAUGGAGAAGUUCGGCUUGCACUCUGCGGCUUCUGGUGGGCAAUAUGAACCACCAACGGCUGCGUCAGACUCUCCGUCUCCCCUGACUUGGAGCGACACGAUCUACUCGACCGAUUCUCCCAAUUCUCCUACUACUAAGUCCCAACGAGCUCUCCCGAGGAUAGCUACGCGUUACAGGCAGCCAUGGCGGCAUUCGGUUUCAAGAGCUUUGUCCGAAGAAGUCGCAUCUCCAACUGUUCGAGAAUUCAACCCCAGUCGUCAGCGUUGGCGCCUUUUCGUUAAGGCCAUGUAUCGAUGGGCCACCACCGCGAUCAUGUGCGGCCUUCUUGCAACGUGUCUCGGGGUAUUUGGCAACCUACUCAAGAUGUCAGUAGGCCAGGUCAAGCUGUUCAACGCGCUUAUAGUCCUCUUGUCCCUGUUUACCGGCAACAACUUGGCUAGCACGCUCCGUGAAUUCGCGCUCAUGUUCCGCUGGCGGCUGCUAGCGUCCAAGUAUCGCUCGCUCGAAGAAUUCGACCUCAUCAUGUCCUGUGACAGCCUGCGAAAAGUCAUCAGUCUGUUCCGCACGGCCCGUACACCAGGACGACUAUUCUUCAGGCUCAACCGCACGCAAUGCCUUUGCGCCGUGUGGCUCGGAAUCAACAUGUGUCUACAAGUCCUCAUCGCACUACUGGGAGUGACCUACAACCUCGGCACCUCGACACACCCAGGUCUUAAGUUUGGCAAGCUGAGCGUUGCCAAUUUGACCCAGAUCAACGACAUCUGGAGUGCCGACAACCCAAACAUUGCGGCGCAGAUGGGCUCCGCCAACACCUACGGCAUCCAAGGCCAGGACUACAUUUUCGUCGACGGACCAGUGCCCGGACAGACCGGCCCUUGGGAAUUCGGGUCACCAAGUACACCGACCAUCUACGGCAACGGGGUGAACUGGACGAGCAUGACAUAUGCGUUCCAAGACGAAAACCCAACGAACGCGGCGAUAACGCUCAUCUCGCACCGCACCAUCACCAUAGAAGCAACCUGCACGGCUCUCGAACUCGUCGACGUGUCGGACCUUGAGGCGGGCUACAGCAACGACACGGGCACCGAGACAAUCAGCUACGUCGACGAGCGUGGCGCUCUCAAGUUCCUCGACCUCCAACCGGGCGAACCGGGUGCGGUGACCUACAUCGGCGUUCUCAAUGCGACGUGCGGCCCGCGCUGCAGCCAGGUCAUGGCACUCCAGAACGCCAGCGCGCCGCACAUCCCCCGGCCGUCGUUCUACACGUGCAACAGCACCCUGACGCCGGUGCAGGGGGUGCAAGAGUACCUGCACGCCGGCACGGAGCAGACGGAACUGACGUUCCAGAUCCGCGACGAGCAGGCGCGCAUCAUCGCCGGCGCCAUCGGCUGGUCCAUGUCGGGCAUCGACUACUCGGACCCGGCCGACGACGACAACCAACUCGCGUACGAGAUGUCGCGGUACACGCAGUCGUCGUGGUGGAGCCCCGCGCACCCCAUGACGGCGUACUGGGUCGAGCAGCGCGUCAUGGAGUACGCCAUCGAGGCCGUCGCCGCCAUGGACUACAAUGGCCCCCAGCAGAACGUGACCGGCUGGUACCCGGUGCUCGCGCAGGCCGUGACGGUCGAGUGGCCGUGGGCCGGCACCAUCCUGGUCCUCGUGCCCGUGCUGCAGCUCGUCGCCUCCGUGUGCGUCAUCGUCUGGUCCAACACCGCCAUCAUCCGCGACCAGAGCGCCCUCAGCGCCGCCCGCCUGCUCCGGCCCGUCGUCGAGGGCCUCGGCGCCAAAGGGUGCCUGCUGUCCGGCGAGGAGAUCGCCGCCAUGUUCCCCGGCGUCAAGGUCAAGUACGGCUGGCGCGAACCCCAGGACCUCACCUUCAGGAACGAAAUCGACCCCGCUAGUAGCUCCGUCAGGCACGUCGACAUUCUCCAGGAACAGGAAGGCUAUAGUACCCAGGGACCCAUGCCGGCCGGGUUCUACGACGGGGAGCCGUCUGAUCAUGAAGACGACGACGACGACGACGACGACGACGACGACGAAGGUUACAAUUGUUUCAAUGAUGAGAAAAGUCGUCAUGUAUUCAAGACUGCGGCUAUGAAUGAAAAGACCGCUUCACGGCACGAGUAUAGACCUGGAAAAGCGAGACGGAGAACCAGACCGAGAACGAGACGGAUGAGUAUAUGA